AUGCCCAAAGCAAUUCUCAAAACUAGGGAUAUUGUUGAAUUUGUAAGAAAAUGGAUUUCAAAUGAAGCCUAUCAAAACUUGGAGACAGUAGUGGUUGGAAUGUAUGAUGAGACAAGUGAAGUACGUAGAAGGGAAGCUGAAGGAAACUUACCGUUGAUCGGAUAUGAUCCAUUAGUACGGCCACCGAAGUAUAAUUAUGAUCCAAAAAUCAUCGAUUACGGUCGCGGACAAAUUGAUAUCGGAGGGUACACGUUUUACGAUGUUGUGAGAGAUGGAGAUGCGAAGAAAGCGUCGUUGAAGAUUAACGAACCGGAAGCGGAAACUAACGGAAGUUCAAGCAACAGUGGAGAAAAUAAAAAGAAAGCUCAAGAGAACACAAUAAAAUGUCAAACUAGUGAAAAAGAAUUGGAAGUGGAACCUGAAGAAAAAGUUCAAGCAGCAGGGGACAAAAUAAAAUGUGAAACUAGUGAAAAAGAAUCGGAAGUGGAACAAAAAAAGAAAGUUCAAGCAGCGGUAGACAAACGUCUAAAAACUCUAAAAUAUGAGCUGAAGAAAGUCGAGCCUAAAUUUGUGAAGUUUGUGCAAAAAAUUAUAAAUGAAAGUAUACAAACAGUUUUCGCGUUUACCGAAACCGGAUUUGCAAUCUGUUUUCGCCGUAACUUUGAAGAUAAUCAUUUCUGGAGAAUGGUUUGUUCGGAUGGAAUUAGAUACAGCGAUUUUGAACCUAAUGAAGAUCCCAAACUUAUCACUAUAUAUAAAUGCACUGGACUGGCCUUGAAGAUCGUUGGUAAAAAAAAUGGUGUAAAAUAUUGGUACGAUUGUGAGGAUCAAAGUGUGAAGAAGACGAAUAAUAUCCUAGAGAAAGAAGGAACAUUUGUCGAGAUCAACGAAGAUGUAAUUGACAAGGAGAAUGAAAUAUUUUUGAGACUGUUUCGAGAAAGUUUACCGAAUUAUGAAGGUGAUGAUGAGAUGUUGAAGAGUGAUUCAAUGAAAUUGUUGAACAACCUCAGUUCAUCUUCCAGUCUGGAUACAUCCGACGAAAACUUGAACCAAUCGAAUAAAAUGAAGAUCAAGAGGAAAAAGAAAGAUAAAAGAAAGGGAAAAACUUCCGUCAAACAAGAAAACGAAGACUUAACAACGCACCCGCCACCUGUUCAGAAGCCUGUGAAAAAAGUAUACAAAGGGCCUAAACCCCUUCCAACGCAACCAACAAGAGACACGUCAGUGCUGCCAUUAGACGUCAAUAAUAACAAAAAUUUACAAGAGCUACAAUCUGAUAAAAGUUCUACGGAGUUCUGGAAUGUUCCAAGUCGAAAAACCAGUGUGACAUCUCAGAAGUCAUCAAUCUCAACCCUUUCAUCGUCAUCUACAAAUAAGCGGAUACGAAGAAGAGUUAGGACUCACAGGAAUACAAUCAAAGCAGUUGAGAAUUCAUCCUCCUCUGCUGUCUGA